CGGUGUAUUAGUAAUCUAUGGACACAACUGGUUCAUGAUGCUGACCUUCCGAUUGGGUGUGGUUACGGUGCUAUCUCCCGGUCCCGGACAUGGCAAUACACCAACAUUAAGCGUCUUGCUCAAACCGACCCGUCACGACACUUGUUUGCCCCACUGUUCGGCACUCUGCAGGGGCAAGUAUGACAUCAAUGACUCCUCACCGCGGGAGCCACGUACAAGCAGCCACUACCGCUCCGCCGCAUCCUUCUACUCUGCCCCGCAAAAGCGUUUAAAAGUCACCACAUUAUGCACGGUCCGAGUCCCCGUUGAAAUGUAUUUCAAUGACUGGUGAACUUGGAAAGAGGAAAGGGCACUUACUGACUGACAGCCGCAACGAUGAUUUAAAAACACACCAACCUAACAACAUCACACACACACCCCCAUUGGCUCACGAAGAGGAAGAUACAACACUUUGGCCCCGCCCCCUUCACACUGUCUUUGGACAAAAAACAAAACAAAAAAACAGCCGCUUAGUCACGAUAGGACGAGGAGAUGCGUCGUCCGAUGAUGUUGACCCUGCAGGCGGUGUGUGUGUGUGUGAGUGUGUGUGUGGCCAUGCAGCAAUACCCAGCUGCCUGGGGCCACUAUGACGUGUGUAAGAGCCAGAUCUACACAGAGGAAGGGUUAACGUGGGACUACAUGGCCUGUCAACCAGAAGCUACAGUCCUGACCAAGUACCUGACUGUCAGCCUGGACCCACCCAAUAUCACCUGUGGAGACCCACCUGAGACAUACUGCACACUGGAAAACCCUUACAUGUGCAACAACGAGUGUGACGCCUCCACAGAUGAACUAGCCCACCCUUCGGAGCUCAUGUUCGAUUUCGAGGGCCGCAACCCAACAACCUUCUGGCAGUCCAGUUCCUGGAAGAAGUACCCCAAACCCCUGGAGGUCAACAUCACGCUGUCCUGGAACAAAACUAUCGAGCUGACGGACGACAUCGUCCUCACCUUUGAGUCAGGCCGCCCUGAGCAGAUGCUUCUGGAGAAAUCGCUAGACUACGGCAAAACCUGGACCCCUUACCAGUUUUACGCUACCGACUGCCUCGACGCAUUUACCAUGGACCCCAAGACGGUCAACGAGCUGACCCAGCGAACCCUCCUCGACAUCAUCUGCACCGAGGACUACUCCCGUGGCUACGUGUGGAAGUACGAUAAAACAGUCCGCUUCGAGAUCAAGGACCGGUUCGCGCUGUUCGCCGGGCUGCAGCUGUACAACAUGGCGUCGCUCUACGGUCAACUGGACACCACCAGGAACCUACGGGACUUCUUCACUGUGACGGACCUGAGGAUACGGCUGCUGAAACCGGCCACCGGGUCCACCAUGGUAGAUGAAAACAACUUGUCCCGAUACUUCUACGCCAUCUCUGACAUCAAGGUGCAGGGAAGGUGUAAGUGUAACCUGCACUCCAACAGCUGUGUGUUUGACAAGGACAAGGGGAAGCUGGGGUGUGAGUGUGAACACAACACAACAGGACCAGACUGCGGCCGCUGUAAGAGACACUACCACGGACGACCCUGGAGCGUCGGGUCCUACCUGCCCAUUCCCAAAGGAACUGCUAACAUCUGUAUCCAUAGCAGUCAUGGACCAGUGCAUCGAGCUAAUGCUUCAUCUCUGGGUGUUGCAAACCGUAAUCAAGCUCAUGUGUGUGACAACGCCUUGCUUCUCUGUCAGAACGGGGGAACGUGUCACCUCCACCACCAGCGGUGCAACUGUGCUACAGGCUUCACUGGCAUCCUUUGUGAGAGAGAACGAUGCCAGGGUCCUGGGCCCUGUGAGGAGUACCCCACGUCUGGGCAACCAUCCCUCCAUCACCCCCCCCUCUUCCACUACCUCUACCCUCUCCUGCUGGGCCCCCCAGGUCUGUUCCUCCUCCCCCUGGUGACGAUAGGGUUCUGUAUACAAUCGCUGUAUUCAUUACAAUUGGCCAGGGAACUUUGAACUUGGAAAGAUCUACUUGGCCUUAUUGCGUUUUGAUUGGACAGGAGAAAGACAUCUCUAACCACAUGUCUUGGGACAGCAGAAUCAUCUUGGGGAAAGGAAAAGGAACUUCAGCACCUAAAGUACCAAGAUGGGACCAUCCAGAGACACUGACCGAGAUACAAAAUGCCAUCAUGACUGAAAUGAGGUAGAAGUGCAACUGUUUGCUGAUGAACUAGAUGAUUAACGAAGAUAUGCUUUUGGCCAGAGACAGACAGACGGACAGACAGACGGACGGACGGACGGACGGACGGACGGACAGACAGGGGAAAAAAAACACAUCUGAUUUACAGUCAAAUCUAUAAUCGCACAAUGUAUGUGUCUCAAAUGGUACCCUCUUCCCUAUAUAGUGCACUACUUUUGGCUAGGGCCCAUGAGGAAUAGGCUGCCAUUUAUGUAGACAACAAUGUGUGUGACCUAGAAACACUGUUCGAAAUGUUGUCAUUCAUUGGGGACAGACUCAUCUUCACAGAUGUUAUCCCACUUCAUGUGGAUCAUUGGGGACAGACUCAUCUUCACAGAUGUUAUCCCACUUACAUUUACAUUUAAGUCAUUUAGCAGACGCUCUUAUCCAGAGCGACUUAUAAAUUGGUGCAUUCACCUUAUGACAUCCACUUCACUUCAUGUGGAUCAUUGGGGACAGACUCAACUUCACAGAUGUUAUCUCACUUCAUGUGGAUCAUUGGGGACAGACUCAUCUUCACAGAUGUUAUCCCACUUCAUGCAGAUCAUUGGAGACAGACUCAUCAUCUUCACAGAUGUUAUCCCACUUCAUGCAGAUCAUUGGAGACAGACUCAUCAUCUUCACAGAUGUUAUCCCACUUCAUGCAGAUCAUUGGAGACAGACUCAUCAUCUUCACAGAUGUUAUCCCACUUCAUGCGGAUCAUUGGAGACAGACUCAUCAUCUUCACAGAUGUUAUCCCACUUCAUGCAGAUCAUUGGAGACAGACUCAUCAUCUUCACAGGUGUUAUCCCACUUCAUGCAGAUCAUUGGAGACAGACUCAUCAUCUUCACAGAUGUUAUCCCACUUCAUGCAGAUCAUUGGAGACAGACUCAUCAUCUUCACAGAUGUUAUCCCACUUCAUGCAGAUCAUUGGAGACAGACUCAUCAUCUUCACAGAUGUUAUCCCACUUCAUGCGGAUCAUUGGCGACAGAUGUUAUCCCAACCAAACAGCAUCAUGACAUUGUACAAAACAAACAAGGAAUAAUCAUUUGAACUCUGGAUCUGUUGUCUGACUACAAAGUGGAUGAGGAGACGAGGAGAUGUCCAUUAUUUUGCUCCCUCCCUUCACCUUUUUCCUACCUCCUUGUUACCUUACCUUACUUCCUUCCCUCAAAUAUAUUCCACCUACUUGUGCUUUGGUGACGCUAGUGAUUUUUGUUGGCUGCUGAAAAAAAGGCCAUUUUGACUAAAUUCUGCACACGUGUUACGAUCCAAGCCAGUCCCUUGACUACCGGUCGACUGUGAGAAGAAUACUACUCUUGUUCUUUUUUUUUGUCGGAGGAGGAGUAGGCUUCGUAGUCACGGCAACGCUUGCUGAGAUCACACGUAUUGGAUAAAAUUAUGUAUCAUAUUGUAUUGUAGCUGUAUUAAAUUUUUGGGUACAAAACUAAAUAUAUUUUUUUGUGACUUUAAGUUAAGGAAAAAGAUGUCUUACUUUUAGUUUUUAUUUAAUUUCCUUCCUGCUUAGGGUGGCAGGGCAACUCCUGAGGAUGUCUAUGACUCACGUAUACAUGUUUCUACCUGCUGACACCUCAAUGAAUCUCUUUGAAAGACACACGCAAACACAAUACACGUACAAAGAAGAGAAAUCCAGUGUUUUUGUUAUUGCUUUAGAGAAGCACAGAUCCAAGAUCUCUUAUUGCAGGGCAGCCCAAACCUCUUCCUGGAGAUCUACUGUCCUGUAGGUUUUCAGUCCAACCCUCUUCCUGGAGAUCCACUGUCCUGUAGGUUAUCAGUCCUAUCCUCUUCCUGGAGAUCUACUGUCCUGUAGGUUUUCAGUCCCAACCCUCUUCCUGGAGAUCUACUGUCCUGUAGGUUUUCAGUCCAGCCCUCUUCCUGGAGAUAUACUGUCCUGUAGGUUAUCCUUCCAACCCUCUUCCUGGAGAUCUACUGUCCUGUAGGUUAUCAGUCCAACCCUCUUCCUGGAGAUCUACUGUCCUGUAGGUUUUCAGUCCAACCCUCUUCCUGGAGAUCUACUGUCCUGUAUGUUUUCAGUCCAACCCUCUUCCUGGAGAUCUACUGUCCUGUAGGUUUUCAGUCCAACCCUCUUCCUGGAGAUCUAAUGUCCUGUAGGUUUUCAGUCCAACCCUCUUCCUGGAGAUCUACUGUCCUGUAGGUUUUCAAUCACUAAGCUUUAUGCUGACAAAUACUGUAUAGAUUUAUAAAUGCAAAAUAGCCUUCUAAAUAUGCCAAUCCUUAACAUAGAAAUUAAAUAAUUUCAAUAGUUACUUUGCCACUGGUUAAGGACUGUAGUUUUUAAUUGAAGAAAAAAAAUGCAGCAAAUCAAUCGUAUAAUAGGAUUUAUAUAUUCAAUAGAAAGUAAAAUAUACAGUUUGUUCAUCAACAUCUUUGUGUUUUUGUUA